AUGCCUUCAGAGCCUGUUACUCAUGAAGUAGAGGAAUCUGAUAUUCAAAAUGGAAUGUACAUUGGUCCAAUGGGGGGUCCACCGUUCCCUUCAAUGGAAGGGGUUUUGCCCAGCACUUAUCUUGAUCCUGCUUGUAACGGAGCGGAGGCAUCCAUAGUCAGCGAAGCCUGGGAAGGCGCAAAGUUAAUAGUAGAAGCACAAACUACUAUUGUUAGCGACUAUGACUAUAACCUUCCACAUAAAACCUGGUUAGGGGAUGGUUUGAACGCAAGUGGUAAACCUGUCGUCGAAUAUCGGUCAAAAUCUAUUGCUGACAACUUCAAAAAAUUAGCAAGGCUGUACGGAGGGGGGAUAGAUGAUAAGGAAAUUAUCGUUUGGCGAUGUACGGAAGGGUUGAAAGACGAACCGAUGUGCAGCCAGCAGAUGGGUGCUGGUGUUUUAGCCCUAGCUCUGUCCGCCGAGUAUUCAGGGCGCAAUGGACACGGUAAUCGCGUACAUGACGAUAAGGAGGGACAGUUAAGAAUGGCCAGUUUCCCAGUAAGCACCGCGCACGCUUUGUUACACGAGACGUGGCACUACCGCAUAGUCUCUCAACCACGCACAGCGGACUAUGCGACUGGUGUAGAGACUACCUACAAUUUGGCUAGAAGAGAAGGAACAAGGGUAGCGUUUACGAAUGCAGAUUCAUACACUUACGAUGGUCUGGCUAUCUAUCUCCAACAGACUUUCAAAUCUCGAUUGCCGCCAACCACCAAAGAUCACUUGGACACUCUUAUGGGGCUCGACGGAAAAAGGCCUGGUGGAAAAAUGCCGAGUGGAAAAAGGCGGGAAGCUGUAUAUUUGAACAAGCCAGGGAUGUUGGGAGUGUAG